AGUGAUUAGAAUAAUAAUGAUUCGUAAACUUUGAAUUUAUAUGUUAUGUAUUUGCAUAAUAAUCAGUAGUUAUGACGUGGGAUGCAAUGAAUUCGCCACUGUAGCUCUAUUUAGACCUGCAUAUAAAACAAUACAAAAAUGGCAGCCCUCACGAAAACAGUGAUGCGCAGUAAUAUUUUAGCAUUGAUUUCAAGGAAUUACAAGUAUGCCGCUCCUAAUUUAUCGUUACUCUCGACAAGGGAUUGUUCCACCGCUGCAGAAAAUGUGGAAAAUUACGAUAUUAUCAUUAGCGGUGGUGGCAUGGUUGGAACUACACUUGCCUGUGCAAUAGCAAAUAAUAGGAGAUUGGAGUCUAAGAAAGUCCUUUUAUUAGAAGGUGGUAAACAAUUUGAUUAUGUACCACAGGAAAAAUAUUCGAAUCGUGUGGUUGCUUUGAAUUACCAGACUCGUACUUUACUUUCGAGUAUCGGAGCUUGGCAACAUAUUGAAGGAACACGUGUUUGUGCAGUACGAAAAAUGCAGGUAUGGGACGCAUGUUCCGAUGCUAUGAUUGUAUUUAACGAAGAUUACGUGACCGACGAGGUCGCUUACAUAGUUGAAAAUGAUUUAUUAUUGCAUGCAGUAAAUAAACAGCUGUCUGAGAAGGAGAACGUAAACGUGAUCUAUAAUUCCAAAGUUGAAAAUAUUAAUCUACCGAAAACACCAGAGGAAAACGCGGAGAUACAAUUACAAAAUGGGAAACGAUUUAAAGCAAAAUUACUGGUCGGAGCGGAUGGUGCAAAUUCAUUGGUUCGCCAAACAAUGGGAGCUCAAUAUAUAAAAUGGGAUUACAAUCAAAUGGGCGUAGUCGCUACUUUGAAAUUGUCAGAGCCUACAGAUAAUAUCGUUGCUUGGCAAAGGUUUUUACCAACGGGACCGAUAGCAUUACUUCCACUGACAGAUUCGCUUAGUUCUCUCGUGUGGUCAUUACCAACGAGUGAAGCUAAAAGACUCUUAAAAGUUUCGGAAGAGGAGUUUGUCGAUAACAUAAACAAGGCUUUAUGGAAAGUUUAUCCAAAGGAUGGUAUAGUCGAAAGUGGAUUACGGGCGCUUCAUCAAUUACUUGAGGGUUUAUCCUUGCGAACUGGUGUGACAAGGCAGUUACCACCGUCCGUCUUAGCUAUCGAAGAAGGAUCGCGCGCUGCUUUCCCUUUACAAUUCGGACAUUCCGUAAAUUAUGUUCAAACUGGAACUGUUUUAAUAGGAGAUGCGGCGCACAGAGUUCAUCCAUUGGCUGGUCAAGGUGUGAACCUCGGAUUUGGAGACGUAACAGCAUUAGUAGAACUUCUUGGAGAUGCUGUUAUAUCCGGAUCCCCACUUGGAAAUAUGCUGUUUUUAAGGAAAUACGAAACAGUAAGGCAACGAUACAACGUUCCAGUAAUGCUCGCUAUCGAUGCGCUUCAUAGAUUGUAUAAAGGAACAGCAGCUCCCGUUGUGUUAGCAAGAAGUAUAGGAUUACAAUUGACGAAUGCCAUACCUGUGAUAAAGAAAGCGUUAAUCGAACAUGCGUCUGGUCGAGUCGAGAAUCGAUAGUAUUACAAAUUAAUAACUCUUAAUGUAACAUAAUACGAUUAUUAUUUUUGUAAUAAACUAUUUACAGUUAUUAUGAGCAAA